UUUCAAACAUGGAGGAGCGCGAGUGGGGGGCGAGGUCGGCUCGCGCCGGCAGUCCGGCCAGCCCGCCCAGCCCGCGGCUGGACGUCAGCUCCUACAGCUUCGACCCGCUGCUGGCCCUGUACACGCCGCACCUGCCGCCCAUCCCCUACCCCAACGCUCCGUGCUUCAACAACGUGGCCGAGUACGAGAGCUUCCUGAAGGGCGGGCGCACCGGGCGCGGCCGAGCUCGGGCCACCGGGGAGGCUGCCUCGGCGGGAACCUCCACCGGAACCUCCACGGGAGCCGGGACCUCGUCCAAGGCCCGUCGCCGCGCCGCGCCCACCCCGGAUCCCGAGCGCAUCCAGCGCCUGCGCCGUCUCAUGGUGGUCAAGGAGGACGCGGACGGCGCGGCCGGGGCGCGACGCCAGGGACCGGGGCGCAGCAAGAAGGCACCCCGUAACGUGCUCACGCGGAUGCCCUUGCAUGAAGGCAGCCCUCUGGGUGAACUCCACCGCUGUAUCCGUGAGGGAGUGAAGGUGAAUGUUCACAUCCGCACUUUCAAGGGACUUCGGGGUGUCUGCACAGGCUUCCUCGUUGCAUUUGACAAGUUCUGGAAUAUGGCCCUCACAGAUGUGGAUGAGACCUACCGGAAGCCUGUCUUAGGCAAAGCAUACGAACGGGAUUCUUCGCUGACUCUCACUAAGCUGUUUGAUCGGCUGAAACUUCAGGAUUCCUCCAAAAAGGAAGCAGAUUCCAAGUCGGCUGUGGAAGACUCCACCCUGUCUAGAUACUCCCAGACAUCCACUUGGAAGGUGGCUUCGGUGUGGGGACGAGGAGACACCGAUCGGGGCUCACACAAGCGCUCUCGCUCCGUCCCUUCUUCCCUGCAAGCGUCUGCAAGGGAGGAGUCCAGGUCCGAGCUGUCAGGGAGGACUACGCGGACAGAAGGGUCCAGUGUGGGGGGUACUUUCUCCAGGGCCACCACCCUUUCUCGAGGCCAGUCCCGUAAGAAAAAGCGAAAGCCCAAGGUGGAUUACCAGCAGGUAUUCACGAGACACAUAAAUCAGAUUUUCAUUCGAGGUGAAAACGUCCUGCUGGUGCAUCUUGCACAGUGAGCAUCUCAGCCCCACUUGACCCCUGGGCUCUAGAAAUAAAGUGCAUGAACUGUUUCCUAUGCUAUAUCCUAGUAUCCCAAACAAAGUGUGAGUCGCAGAGAUUCCCACUGGUCCUGCCCGUGCAGAGGACAGAGCUGGCUCACCCUCUGGAAGCCCAGCUGAGGGAGGUACAGGUCAGCUAUAGUCACCAGGCAAAAGCCAUUCCCAGUAUAUGCGUCUGACGGGCCAUGGAAACUAAGAAAUGUCUGAGAAAGAAUCAUUCCAUUUCUGACAGCUAGUGCUCCCAGAACGGUGAGUGAUCUCAUGACCGUGUUUGAGCAGUGUGAAUUGCCUGAGAGCCCUGAACCCAUAUCUUGGAACUGACAUUUGCUCUACAUCCUUCUCUCUUGAUCAAGAAGUGAAAUUUCUUGUCCUUGAAUAUUAAUAAGGUCUAGAAGAGUUACCAGCUUAUUCGGGAGUAAAGCUCAGCCAGGUGGUUGCUCAAAGCAACCGUGGUGACCUCUCUGCUUUGACCCCCUCUUCCCAUGGGAAGGAACAGAGGAGCUUGUCAGUCUUUCCCUCACCAGAGGUGGCCUCUGCACAUGGCAUACCAGAUGGGCUGUACCGUGCUCGUGGUGGCUUGUUGUCCUUUCCGACUCCUGUGGCAUGGUGCUAGUGCAUGUGCUUUGUGGUGUCACCCCUAUGUUGUGUGUGACCGUCCUGACGUGACCCUCAUGUCUGGAUUCAGAGAGUUCUGCAUGAGCUCCGCAACAUACAUGUAUCACAUGGCUGAGCGCCCCCUUUCCAGGCGGGCUGGCCUUGUGUAGAAAGUCCCUCGGAAUGGUGUUACCACGAAAGGGAGGUCAUCCUUUUAUUCCCUGU